AUGGUGUUUCUGAGCGUCCUUCCGAGCACCUCGCAGUGCCAUGUGCUCCGGCAGCCAGGUCGCAGAGCCCAGGGGCGAGUGACCCCACUCGUGCCCACUGCUCCUAUCUGCCUCGUUGGCCGAAAUAGCUCCGAGAGGUGCCGCCAACGCGGCCUGUCAGGCAGAUGGGUCUCACGGGCGCUGCCGCUGCCCCGCGUGCUGGAAAGGGCCGCCCUGGCCAAGGCGGCUCCCCGAGGACCGGCUCCGCGGCCCCCCGGCUUCCACGUUUUGGGCGAGGACUCGCAUUUUGGACGAGGACUCCCCUUUUACUGCACCUUUGAUAAGGAGUCAGAACUGACCCCUCUCGAGUCAGCGAUUGGUAUCCUGGAGCUUAUCCAGAAAGAGUUCUCCGUGGAUGAAAAGACAAUGGAAUCUAUCCAGAAAUUGGUGAAAGAAGCUGCUGUUAUAGUUUGCAUCAAAAAUGGAGAGUUUGAGAAAGCUUCAAAAAUCAUCAGGAGACACGUGGGGAAGACUCCCAUAAGCCAGAAAAUGAGGACAGAGUUUCUCAGUAUUAUCCGAGAGAGGAAUUCGGCUCAUCCAGUGAUCACAAACUUCUCCUACAAGGAUUUUCAGCACAACAUGUUCCAGUUUGUGGAGAUGUAUGUGGAUGAUUCGGAGCCCUUGCUGCUAACGAUGAUGAAAAAAGCUUUAAAUUCAGAAUGUGCUGAAGAACCAAAAUGUCCUGCAGCAGCUCCCAAAUCUGCAAAUGGGGUUCUGGACCCAGCAGGUGCCCCCAAGCCUGCAGAAAGAGGACAGGAUGUGGCAGGAGCUCCCACGUCUGCAGAAGGGGCAGAGAACCAAGCAGUAACUCCUGAGCGUAUAGAAGUAGCAGCUAAUAUCGUGGAAGAGUCUCAAGAGCCUAUGGAAAUAGCUAAAGAGCCAGCAGCAGCAGCUCCAGCACCUGUGGAAGUGUCCUCCAAGAACUCGGAAAGGCAACCCUCUGGAUCCGUAACCACAUAUGGGAUUUCUGUUCUGAGAGAAGCCUUCAAGAUCCUGUCGGACUCCCAGGAUUCUGAUGCACUCUUCACCAAACUGGAUGAAACAGACAUUUCUUUCCCCAAGCAACUAUCUCCUUCUGUAUCCCACAGAACCAAGAGACGGAAAGAAGUGGAGAAUCAAGAUUCUGAGAUCUCAGAGCCUCCUGAAAUAGCCCACAAGGGCAAACGCUUGUUGACCAUAAGCAAACUGGUCAUGGAGCAGGACAGCCAGUGCAGCGAGUUGAGUGAGAGCCCAGACUCAUCUCAGGAGCCAGUUGUAUCUUCUGCUUCCAGACCUGCUCAGAAGUCGCCUGACCGGCCUGCGUCUACUAAAAAUCUCAAGCUCUCCAAAGCAAGGUGGAACAGCUCAUUUGCUGAACAAGGAAAAGAUGUUUGGAGUGAGGAGGAUGACCUGUUUGCAGAUGCAGUGUCGCUCGAGACGAACAGCCACAACUCCUCGGUCUUCGGUUCCAAGAAGCAGAAAUGGACAGUACAGGAGAGUGAGUGGAUCAAAGAAGGAGUGAAGAAGUUUGGGGAAGGCAGAUGGAAGUCCAUUUGCCAGAAAUACCCCUUCCAGAACCGCACAUCAGUGAUGAUCAAGGAUCGCUGGCGGACCAUGAAGAAGCUGGGAAUCCUCUAAAGGUGGAAGCCAAAGGACCUUCAAAGC